AUGUCUCAAGAAAAUGAUCCACUCUACGAGUCGCCAGAUAUACCCCUAGACCAGGCCGAUGUUCGAGAUGACGGUCGCAUUGAGCUCGAUCUGGACUCAAAGGCCUGUGGUGCCUUGAGUAAACUCAUUCCCUGGCCCAGUGAAAAAGAGCCAGAAAGCCCGCCCCCGGCCUAUACAGAGUCUGCCGCUCAUGAAAUCCACCUGAAGCUGAACGUCGUCAUUCAGGUAGUGGGGAGCCGCGGUGACGUGCAGCCAUUCAUUGCACUGGGCAACGAGCUACAAAAACACGGUCACCGUGUGCGACUAGCCACCCACGAUGUCUUUGGGUCAUUUGUGCGCGACUCGGGGCUCGAAUUCUACCCCAUUGGCGGGGACCCCGCAGAGCUGAUGGCCUACAUGGUCAAGAACCCCGGAUUAAUCCCACAGAUCAAAAGCAUCCGUGAAGGAGAUAUCAAGCGAAAACGCGCAAUGAUCUCUGAGAUGCUGCAUGGUUGUUGGCGGUCGUGUGUUGAGAACGAUCCUCUGACAAACACACCUUUCGUCGCGGAUGCUAUUAUCGCCAACCCCUCCAGUUUUGCUCCUAUCCACUGCGCUCAGGCCCUCGGGGUCCCGGUGCAUAUGAUGUUCACUAUGCCCUGGACGAGCACCCGCGCAUUCCCCCAUCCCCUGGCGAACUUGAAAUACUCUGAUAUGAACCCCAAUCUGGCCAACUUUCUUUCUUACGGAAUUGUGGAGUGGAUGACCUGGCAGGGAACCAGGCUAGGCGAUGUGAUUAAUGACUGGCGCAAAACAAUGGAUUUGGAGCCCAUCCCGGCUACCGAAGGCCCCAACUUGGCUUCGACACUCAAAGUGCCCUUUACCUACUGCUGGUCAACCGCGCUGAUGCCGAGACCAACAGACUGGGCAUCACAUAUCGACGUGUGUGGGUUUUUCUUCCGUGAAACACCACGCUAUUCACCUCCGCCCGAGCUCGAGGCUUUCCUGCAGGCUGGCCCUGCACCUAUCUACGUAGGGUUCGGAAGCAUUGUGAUCGAUGACCCUGAGCAGUUCACCAAAACCAUUCUGGAAGCUAUCGAUGUCGUCGGGGUGCGGGCAAUCAUCUCCCGAGGUUGGAGUAAGCUCGGGGGAGAGCCCUCCGACAAGAUCUUCUACAUCGAUGACUGUCCUCACGAGUGGCUGUUUCAGCACGUUUCUGCGGUGAUGCACCAUGGGGGCGCAGGGACAACAGCCUGUGGACUACGCUAUGGGCGACCAACGGCAAUCGUGCCGUUCUUUGGCGAUCAACCUUUCUGGGGCAAGGUAGUUGCCGCAGCUGGAGCCGGUCCACAGCCUGUUCCUUACCGCGAGGCCGACAGCAACAGCCUCGCCGAUGCAAUUUUGACCAGUUUACAACCGGAAACAUUGACUGCAGCCAGAGACAUUUCCAUCAAAAUGCAAUCAGACGCCGGUGUUCGAGCAGCAGUUGAUUCAUUCCAUAAAAACCUCCCCGUCGACAAAAUGCGUUGCGAAUUCUUCUCUGAUCAGCCCGCCGUCUGGGUCUACAAAAAGACCCUGCCCAAGCCGAUUCGCUUAUCCAAAGCAGCAGCACAGAUCUUGGGAGGCCAUAUGUGCCUAGAUCCAAAACAUCUCCAAUGCUAUGAUGCCAAGCCAAUAAUCAUCGAGAAUCGACGAUGGGACCCCGUCACUGGGACCACCUCUGCCUUUGGUGGGGUCCUAACAGACGUCGCCAAAGACACGAGCAAUCUAGUGCGCAAGCCAUACAAAGAGUACCAGCGAGGUCGACAGGGUAGCACUCCAAGUCCCGGAAUCUCCCGCGCAGCCAGCACUUCAACCGCAUCUUCUUCUACCGGAGGGGCGGGACAGUCACCUGGAGAUCAGCAAGCCGACAUACCAUUCCUCACACCAACGCGGUCUCAGACGCUAGUGACCACCGGCGCAAUGACUGCCGAAACAGCCAAGGGCGUGGGCAAGUUCAUUGCCCAUUGGUACAAAGGCACAAUCGUCGACAUCCCUCUCGCUACGACACAGGGUCUGCGAAACAUACCCCGCUUAUAUGGCGAGGAGGUGCCCGAUCACGGCCCCGUUACGGACUGGAGGUCUGGUGCUAUGGUCGGGGGCAAGAACUUUGUGCAUGGGAUGGUUGAUGGAUUCACGGGGCUUGUUAAUCAACCGUAUGAAGGUGCCAAGAAUGGUCCCCUUGGUGUGAUCAAGGGGUUCGCCAAGGGGACUAUUGGGUUGGGGGCGAAGGCUGGGUCUGACAGAUUGCACAGGCUCGCCUUCAGGAAGGGGAGUAUCUGGUUGGGUUGGAUGUCUUUCAAGAUCGUCAUGGCCCUGUGCUUCAGUCCUUUGAUGAUUUGA